AUGCCCACUCCGACCCAAGUCUCCGCACCAGCACCUACCAUUACCGCGCCGUGCACGCCGGAGACAUGCCCAAUCGACUGGGCCUUGAUACGCUAUUUCCCAAAUCUAGCAGGGAAUACGCUCUACCUCGCCCUCUUCGCACUCAUGCUCCUCGCGCAAGUCUACCAAGGCCUUCGCUUCAGAACCUGGAGCUACCUUGGAUGCAUGGCCUGCGGGACUCUGCUUGAGGUUAUCGGCUACGGAGGACGUUUGAUCCUGCACAAUAACCCAUUUAACUUCUCUGCUUUCCUCCAAUAUCUUAUCUGCCUAACUAUUGGUCCCGCCUUCAUCACGGCGGCAAUCUACCUAUCCUUUGGUCGAGUCAUCAUCAUCUACGGCGAGAAAGGCUCGCGUCUGAGGGCGAAGUCUUAUUCCAAGGUCUUUGUCGCGUGCGACCUGCUAUGUCUUGUUCUUCAGGCUGCCGGCGGCGCUGUCACUGCCACUGCCGGCCGCAACCAAGACGGUCUUCGUCGCAUUGGUAUCAAUGUCAUGAUUUCCGGGUUGGCAGCCCAGGUUGUGUGUUUGGGAACAUUUAUGGUCCUGGCAGGGGAUUAUGCGCGGCGAUUACGGGUUUUGCGAACAGGGAAUUACGCUGGUCCAGAUAGCGCUGCUCCUGCCGACUUAAUUGGUGGUGGGUGGAUAUGGAAGGGAUUUCUUUGGGGGCUUGGAGUCGCCACCCUUUUAAUUUUCAUUCGGUCAAUCUUCCGCGUCGCAGAAUUAAACGGCGGAUUUGGCAGCGAGCUGGCGAAUGACGAGGUAGCAUUUAUGAUUCUCGAGGGCGCAAUGAUGGUCAUCGCCUGUGGUUGGAUGAGUCUCUUCCACCCGGGAUUGUGCCUGCGUCGCGGUGACUGGAAGGAUCCCAGUUCUUGGGCUCUGACGGAGCGCAUACACGCUCCGCUGGCUGGUGUGGAUGAGUGA